UAGCCUGCUAGUGUUUUGGGGGGGUUGAUAGCUUGCGAACGUAAAUUACUUCCAGACAUUGAGAACACUUCACUCUGACAAUUUUGCUCGCCAUAGCAGAACUAGUUAGGCUGUGUUCAUGUUAUCUAGAGCGUUAGUGGCUGUAACUGUUGCUAGCAACAAUUUAAUUCCGUUUUUUGUCAACCUUUACUGACACAUGUCAUAUUCAAAGGAUGUUUUGCGCUCGUAAAUUCAUCAGUUAAUCUGUGCUCUGGCAGAUACGAUUCCAAUGUAGUUUCCCCAUCUCCUCAAAGUAUCACUGGUAUAGCUACCAAUGUGAUCUAUUUGUACUUUUACUUCCGCAUCUAGAUCUUCUGAGCACAUAACCACAACUACCACACUGGAUGUAGCUAGCUUGUCGUAGAUUUUACGAUUAUCAGGGUCAGUUAGCUACUAGAUAAUUGAAACAGUUACUGCUUAACUCAGGAAAUAGCUAGCUAUGUCCAAACCAAAGUUUGUUGUGUUUGACCUGGAUUAUACUCUUUGGCCCUUCUGGGUGAAUAGCUAUGUGGACCCACAAUUUCACAAAGACAAAGAGGGAGUGGUGUUGAAUGCAAGGAGGGAGAAAAUCCAACUGUUCCCCGAAACAGUGGACAUAUUGACUUCUCUACAUGUCCAAGGGAUCCAGAUUGGAGUGGCAUCACGCACAGAUGAGGUAGAUGGAGCCAAUCAGCUGUUGUCCCUCUUCAAUCUCAACCAAUACAUAUCCUUCAAGGAAAUAUACCCGGGGUCAAAGGUCCCUCACUUCAAAAAGCUCCAGGCAGACAGUGGAUUCAAAUUCAGUGAGAUGAUGUUCUUUGAUGACGAACACAGGAACAUCACAGCAGUCAGUCGACUAGGUGUGAACUGUGUUCUGGUCCCUGAACUCUGGUUUCACUCUCAGGUGUGCACUGUGUUCUGGUCCCUGAACUCUGGUUUCUCUCUCAGGUGUGCACUGUGUUCUGGUCCCUGAACUCUGAUUUCUCUCUCAGGUGUGUACUGUGUUCUGGUCCCUGAACUCUGGUUUCUCUCUCAGGUGUGCACUGUGUUCUGGUCCCUGAACUCUGGUUUCUCUCUCAGGUGUGCACUGUGUUCUGGUCCCUGAACUCUGGUUUCUCUCUCAGGUGUGCACUGUGUUCUGGUCCCUGAACUCUGGUUUCUCUCUCAGGUGUGCACUGUGUUCUGGUCCCUGAAGGAGUGACUAUGAAAUUAGUCAAUGAAGCGCUUCUGCAGUUCUCCCAGGGUGCAAAAUGAGGACUUGAGGACAGAGUUGAUGCAAUACAUACAGUGCCUUGCAAAAGUAUUCAUCCCCCUUGGCGGUUUUCCUAUUUUGUUGCAUAACAACCUGUAAUUGAAAUGGAUUUUUAUUUGUAUUUCAUGUUAUGGACAUACACAAAAUAGU